AUGCGCAAGAUCCUGCUCUUGCAGCCCAGCUCCCCCUGCCAGCGCAGUCAACGCAGCCACAGCAUCUGCCGCCGCAGUCACUCACCCCGCCCGUCCCCUCCUUCAGCAGCGCUCCUCAGAUUACAGGAGCUAAAUCAGUAUCUUUUUCUGGUCGUCGAAUUGUCUGUGCGCUACGGAGGCACCUUGUUCUAUCAAUACCACCGUGCCUUCUCAGCCAAAGCUGCCGCCACCCUCUCAGCCGACAACCGUAUCGUGGAUUGGUCCCGUUCCGACCCAGAUCUUUUCACCCGCAUUUUCAGCGGAAUUCGUGCCAACGCCUGCAGUGCAUGUGCCUCCACAGCGCACUCCUCUUACCUAUGUCCUAAGAACCUCCGUUCUGCCAUCACUGAGCCAGAAGUCGUCAGUUCCCUUCUCCAGGCCGAAGUCGACAAAGGCUUCAUGGUCGGCCCCUUUGCAGCACCCCCCUUCACUACCUUUCGCAUUAAUCCCAUAGGCAUCGCUACCCGCAAAUAUUCUGGCAAGAAACGCCUUAUCAUUGAUCUAUCCGCUCCUCGGGGCGGCUACACACGCAGCAUUAACUCCCUCAUUUCAAGCGAGGAGUUCGCUCUUCACUACAUUAAGCUCUCAGAUGCCAUUUAUUUCAUCAAAAUUGCAGGUCAUGGAGCCUGGCUUGCCAAAGCCGAUAUCUCUGAUGCAUUCAAGGUCAUGCCUAUUCAUCCUUCCCUCCGUCACCUUUUCGGAGUCUGUUGGGCAGACAAGUUCUAUUUCUCCACCCAGCUCACCUUUGGUUGUCGCAGUAGCCCAAAAAUAUUCGAUUCUUUGUCAGAAGCCCUCUCUUGGAUUUUGCUCAACUCCUAUCAUGUCCCCUUCCUUCUCCAUCUAAUGGAUGACUUUUUGCUUAUUUCACCCCCUUUGGAUCCUCCAGCCCAAGCAAUUAACCAGCUUAAGACCCUCUUCUCCCUAGUUGGUGUCCCUCUCUCUCAAGAGAAAACCAUCGGCCCUGUUAACUCCCUGGAAUUCCUCGGCAUUACACUCAAUACCGUGAAAUUCGAAGCCAGCCUGCCUCCUGCCAAACUCCAACGCUUACUCUCACUCAUUAACAGUUUUCAGAUCUCCUCUUUCAUUAAGAAGAGGGACCUCCUGUCUCUCCUCGGUCAUUUUAAUUUCGCCAUCCGCAUCAUUCCUCAGGGCAGAACUUUUAUUUCACGUCUCCUAGCCCUCUCAUCAACUGUUAGGAAUAUGAAUUCUCACGUGAAAAUCUCAGCCGACGCCAGAAAAGACAUAAAGAUGUGGAUCAAUCUCCUUACUAACUGGAAUGGCCUCUCUCUAUUUUAUGACGACUUCAUUUCAGCCCCUCAUGACCUUGCCCUCUUCACCGACGCCUCCUCCAUCGGAUUCGGCGGGUUCCUCGCUCCCGAAUGGUUCUCCAGCACUUGGCCCCCUGAAAUUCAGUUCCUUCCCCCUCAAGAGAAAUCUACAGCUCUCCUAGAAAUUUAUCCAAUCGUAGUGGGCGCUGUCCUUUGGGGUCACCAAUGGUCAAGAAAAUCAAUCCUUUUCUUCAGCGAUAACAAACCCACAGUGCACAUCAUCAACAAAGGACGUUCUUCAUCCCCCCUCAUUAUGCGCCUGCUCCGUCGUCUCAUAUGGUCUUCCGUAUCUCUCAACUUCCUAAUACAGGCCCGCCAUCUGCCUGGUAUCCACAAUAAUGCUGCUGAUGCUCUCUCUCGCCUACAGGUAUCCAAGUUCCGUCAGCUGGUUCCUUCUGCCUCCCCAAGCCCUCUCCAGAUCCCACAGUUUCAUCAGCUGCUCCUAGACUGA